UCCUUUUCCUUCCACAUCGAUCCCAGCCUCAACAACCACCAAAGUACACACACCACACUAAUCAAGUACACACAUCCAGGCCAAUAAGCCACGCCCAGAGAAAGAUAACCACAUCACACCUAGCUAGCUAGCGUCGUCAUGUCCGGCGUGUGGGUGUUCCGCAACGGGGUGGUGAAGCUGGUGGAGAACCACCCGGCGUCGGCGGCGGGACCGCCGGGCGGCGGCGCGGUCCGGCGCAAGGCGCUGCUCCACACGCCCACGGGGGAGGUGGUCGCCUCCUACGCCUCGCUGGAGCGCAAGCUCGUCGCGCUCGGCUGGGAGCGCUACUACGCCGGCGGGGGCGGCGCCGCCGGCGACUGCAUGCUCAGGUUCCACAAGCGCUCCUCCGUCGACCUCAUCUCCCUCCCCAAGGACUUCGGCCAGUUCAGCUCCGUCCACAUGUACGACGUCGUCAUCAAGAACCGCGACGCCUUCCGCGUCAUCGACGUCUAGCCUACUAAGCCUAGCUCGCGCAGCUGGCUGAUCCGGCCAUUCGAUCGAAGCAAGCGCAGCUAGCUCGUGCGCGCCGGCGGCCGCCACCGUCGCACCCAUGUCGCCUUCGAUCUCCGCUGCUGGUUAACUUGUGUAUGUGUGUGUUUGUACGUGCCCUGCACGUAUAUACGUGUGUAUGUAUAUGUACGUGGUGUAUUGGCGUAUAUAUAGUUAUGCAUUAUGCAUGCUGCGUGUGCAUCAUGGUUAAUUAA